AUGGCUCUCCCACUUGGCGUUAUAAAAGCCAAUACCAUCCAGUUUGAGCCACCAUUGCCGACCUGGAAGCAAGAGUCGAUUGAUGCGUUGGGUAUGGGCAUUUUAAACAAGAUUAUUCUCGUCUUUCCUAAUCGAUUCUGGGAUGAACAUAUGGAUCUCUUUGGCGCGCUUGUUGAUCCAUCUUCACCUUGCUUUAUGUUUUGGAACCUGUAUCAAACAACCAAGCUUCCAGUUCUUUCAGCGUUUGUGUCAGGUCAAGCCGCUUUGGAUAUGGCAAUGCAUACCGAUGAAGAGUUGGUAAAUGGAGCUGUCAAGGUGCUUAUGCGUAUAUUUGCUAAUGUGUCACCGUUUCCUCAACCCAUCGAGUAUUUUGUAACUCGGUGGGAGGAUCAGCCAAAUAUCAAAGGCAGCUACUCGUUUAUUGGAAAAAAUGCUACCAACAUGGAUUAUGAUCGACUGGCAGAGACUUGUUUUGAACGGAUGUUUUGGGCUGGUGAGGCUACGUGUAAAGACUAUCCAGCGACUGUUCCAGGUACAGUUCCUUAG